AUGGGAACUGCAGGUGAUUCUCAACAAGUGACGACCGCCUCGGUGUACAGCAUAGAUGCGGAGAACCAGACCAACAACACCCAGACUGAAAAUGCUGUAAAGCCUGUGAAGUCAUGGAAAGGUUAUGUAUGGGACACAUGGGAACUUCCACCAGACCAACGUUGGAUGCUUUUCAAAGUAGAUGCUUUCGUCCUCACAUUUGCAUCUUUGGGUUAUUUUUUGAAGAACAUCGACCAGUCAAAUGUCAACAACGCCUUUCUCAGUGGCAUGGAGGAGGAUUUAGAAAUGUUCGGUAAUCAACUAGUGACUAGCACGUCUAUCUGGACUGUGGGAUACGUUAUUGGCCAAAUUCCAUCCAACCUGCUGUUAACAAGAGUUUCUCCUCGAUGGGUCAUCCCCUCGCUGGAGGUAGGAUGGGGACUCGCGACUAUCUGUACAUCAAGCGUCAAAUCAUAUAAAGCGCUGUAUGCUUUGCGCUUCCUUGUUGGUUUCUUUGAAUCAGGAUUUUACCCUGGAAUUCAUUACUUAUUGGGAUCAUGGUACACACCACAAGAAAUCGGAAAGCGGGCAAUGAUCUUCUGGCUUGCCGGCUCAGUUGGCACUCUAUUUAGCGGUUUUCUUCAAGCCGCUGCUUAUACAAACCUGAAUGGAACACAUGGAUACGCUGGAUGGCGCUGGCUGUUCAUUAUCGAUGGCAUCAUUACGCUACCGCUUGCGCUCGCAGGGUACAUAUUCUUUCCCAAUCUACCACAAAGUGGCAAGAAGACAUGGUGGACAACAGAAAAGGAGCAUCAAUUGUCAAUCAAGAGAAUGCAAGAUAUCGGACGCGCCGGGAAGCAGCCUUGGACUAGGGCAAAGGUGAAAGGAAUUCUGCUGAGCUGGCAUACUUAUCUUCUUCCAUUGCUAUACAUCCUUUGGAACAAUGGCUUGCCUCAGCCUGCGAUGGGCUAUUGGCUGAAAAGCUUUAAUGCCCACCCUCCCCCUGUCCCCGGAACGUCUUACACUGUCGCACAGAUCAAUAACUUACCUCUCCCUACAACCGGUGUGCUCAUCGCCAUGUCGUUGGUCUGGGCUUGGCUAUCCGAUGGGCCAUGUCGUGGCGCUCGCUGGCCAUUUAUCUAUGUCGGCGCCAUUUCUACUCUCAUCUUUGCCUCCCUAAUGAUGAAGAUGCCUUUCUACACAAAUAUCAACGGCCGUACGGUUAUUUACUGGCUGAGUAAUAUUGGCGGUGGUGCCGGCCCAUUGAUCUUGAGUUGGAUCAACGAGAUCUGCUCCGAAGACACGGAAAAGCGAGCGCUACUUGUUGCGAUGGCCAACGACCUUGCCUAUGUUGUACAAGCAGUCGCGCCUAAUUUCAUGUGGAAAACCACAGCAUUUCCCCAAGCUCCAAAAGGGUAUACUUGGUCGAUCGUGCUUCAAGUGUUGCUCAUCCUGGGCACAGCAACUGUUCAAUUCCUCUUGUGGCGCGAUAAGAAAAAAGCAGCAAAGGCAGAGGCGAGUCACUCGGCUAUUGACCCCCUCGAGUCAUCGUCUAUAGAGGGAGAUACAUCGGUGGGAUCUAGAGAAGACGAUGGCAAAGUGGCUAACACUUCUCAGGUCAAAAAAUUUGGCUUGGAUUAA